AUGCUGGAUGGAGUGCAGUCCUUUGCAGGAACAUCCCACACUCUAUCAUUAAAUGUUUUAAAAGGCUCAUAUGAUUUCAAUGCUUGCAUAUAUAAAUCCAUCUGCGUGCAGUUCUAUACGUAUGAAAGCCUGAAGCAGUUUCUUUUGGCAUCAGCAAAGCCUGAUGCUAGUCUCAACACAUUGCAAACGAAUCUCUGUGUGGGCAUCCACAUGUGCAAGGAUUUUAUGAUAACAUAUCAGCAGAAGCCAGAGUUUUCUGUUAGGGUUAAUGGUUAUGAAAGUUUGCAACAAUUACUAGUAUGCGGUGGCCUUGCUGGAUCUAGUGCUGCUUUGUUCACAACUCCUUUUGGUGUAGUGAAGACAAGACUACAGACACAAGCUCCUGGAACUCUUGGAAGGUACAAUGGGGUUCUUCAUGCGCUUCAAGAAAUAGCUAGGGAAGAAGGUUUGCAAGGUCUUUACAGGGGCUUGGCUCUGAGGUUGGCUAUGUAUGUUUCUCAAGGAGCCAUCAUCUUUGCAUCAUAUGAGUUUCUCAAAGCAGUUUUUGCUUUGGAAGUUCCACAACCACCUUGCCAAGUCACCAAGAUCAAACAUAAAGCAGAUGAUCUUGCGCCAUCAAGAAUGCACAAAUGGCAUUCAUAA